GGGAUAUUCUUGCCUUGCCCAUGUCAGUGACAAUCAGUUGGUAACCUCCAAUCCUCCAUCAUUCUUCUUUUUCUGUAGAUUUUUUCCUCUGCAGAGUUGAGAAGCUUUCUUAUCUCUGAGUACAGCGAACAAUGACGAUGUCGAAUCUUUUAUCUCCAACAUCUCCGCUCACCUUCUCUUCCAACAAAGCUAUUUACUGUGCUCCUUUACUCUUCUCCUUCAGACCCCCUGUGCUUCGCUCCCUAACUAGCUUAACAAAGAAAACUAGAAGCCAAAAAUUGAAAUUCAAUAGAAGAAGUAGACCUGUGACUGCGCAAUCUAAUGGCAGCAACUCAGCUGACCCGCCAGACCGGAUAAUCUCCGCCGUCUGUUACUUCUACCCUUUCUUCGACGGUAUACAGUACGGCAAGUAUGUAAUUACCCAGUUUGCUCCAAUUCAAACGCUUAUACAGCCACUUGUACCGGCUAUAAGGGUCUUUAAGAGCUUUCCCUUUAAUGGGUUCUUAGUGUUUUUGACUCUUUAUUUCGUUGUUGUGAGGAACACGAAUUUCAGUAGGUACGUUAGGUUCAAUACAAUGCAGGCUAUCGUGCUUGAUGUGCUACUGAUUUUCCCUGAUCUUCUGGAGAGGAGUUUUAAUCCGAGAGGUGGAUUAGGAUUGGAUUUGGUGAUGAGCUUGGAUAGUACAGUGUUUUUGUUCUUGUUGGUGUGCUUGAUUUAUGGGUCGUCUUCUUGCUUGUUGGGUCAGGUUCCCAGGUUGCCAAUUGUUGCUGAAGCUGCUGAUAGGCAAGUUCUUUGAUCACCCAUUUGACCAUUUGUUGUUUAUUGGUUCUGUGAUUUUGUAAUUGUUGGUAAUUGAUUUUGAAGUUUCACUCUUUAUAUAAUUCAAAUGCUUAAAAUUUACUUGGCCAAAAAGAAAGAAAACUUAAGAAAUGGGCCUUCUCUUUUCCUUGGUAGUGAGUUUUCUAUUUGGCUUACACAUGGUUGAGGCAUUGUAUAUUCCUACUGGACAGAUUCUUUAUCAUCUUAGUAGAGAUUAAACUUUAGUAUUUGAUCUCC